AUGUACCACAGCCUCCUCACCGCGUCCUUCUUCAUCGUGGUGCUGAUUCUGGUCUAUCGGAACCGCCAGUUUUUCGUCUCGCUCCUACCAGAGGCACUCGCCUCCCGACUUCCAGACGCGCUCCGCCCCGCAUCCGAACUUCCCCUCUCGCACCCCCAUUCCUCCUCCUCUGCCCCCUCCAACUCCUUCUUCUCGAGCCUUCUCAGCCGAUUUAGCACUCGCACCUCGCACUACCUUCCCAUCCCUGGCAGCUCGUGGAGCGCCAACUUGUCCAACGGCCUUUCCUCGUCGCUGUUCGACAUCACUGCCAACAUGGACGCGAAUGACCCGCGGUCCGGGCUGGAUCCCUCGGGAGCCCAGGAUGUGCAGACGAUCAUGGCGAACCAGGGCGUGACGUUUGACCAGGCGCGGUUGAUACGACACAAGCAGAUCCUGGUGCAAAACAACAUCGAUCCAAACACCGGGUUGCCAUUGGACAGCAAGGCGGUGACGAGCUUGGGCGGCAGGCCGGGGAGUAGUCGCGGGUAG